AUGCAGGACUUGAACUUCCAACUCUUCUGCUACUUCUUAGAUGCUGUACUGCUAAUCUUUGAUCAGGCAAAUACCUUGCUGCAACUGGACAAGCCAUGCAUCCACAUUCUACUCAGAACUCUACUCCAACAACUGAAGGAUCUGCUAAACUGCUUUGUCAAGCCAAGUGUUGUCAAUGCAUCUAAGAAAAUCACUCAAGUGCAGCACCAAAACAUCCAGAAUCAGAAGAGUGAUCAAAGCCUGUUUGUGGGAAAGAAAACAAAUGACUUCAUUGCAGCAAACACCAAUAGCAAGGAGCUGGAUCUCCCCAAAUUUUAUGCUUCUGUACGUCGCUUCUUCUCCAAGGCUGUGGAGUACAUGCUGAAGAAAUUCCCAUAUGAUGAUCCCGUACUUUCUCAUGCUGCAGUUGUUGACGUGACUGUUGGAGAAGACAUGGAAUUUGCCUCUGUUGAAUUCUUCGUCCAACAUUUUCUCUGCAUCCAACUUAAUUCUAACGACAAUGACAAGCUUGAAAGGGAGUUCAUGGUUUAUCAAACAAGGGACUUGCCGGAAAGCAUCACAAGUUGCGACAGAGCUGACACUCAGUGGCAUCUAAUGAGCCGGCAAAAAGAUGGCAAUGGUCAACUGAUAUACAGCCUCUUGUCCAAGGUGAUGCUAGCCAUUCUUUGUAUAUUUCAUUCCAACGCAGACUGUGAGAGAAUCUUUAGUCUGGUCACGAAAAACAGGACGGAGUUUCGCCCCAAUAUGAAGACGGAGACCCUGAGUAGUCUGAUCACCCACAAACAAUUUAUAGUUGCAAAGGGUACAGUGUGCCACCGCCAAACCUACAGCCUAGCCACUCUGCAGAAGGCUAAGUCGGCAACAUAUGCCCAGCUGUCUGGAUCCAAGUAAACAUGUCCAUUUUGAUUCUUU